AUGAACGCAACCAAAAGAAAGUUCAACUCGCUGAUUCAGGGCAUCGGCAGCCGGUCGUCGACACCUGCCAACGACACGGGCACCACCAACGAUGCAGCACCUUCCGCCUCCCCUCGACCUGCCUCUCUCGCCUCCCUCCACACCUCACCAGCGACCAUGGCCGUCGAAGAAGACCUGCUGCAGAAGCGACGGCGUCUACAGGCGCUGACCGACAAGCGUGCCGCCGCAACGAACACCAUCAAGUCCCUCGGCGGCACGACCAAGGUCUCGAACAUUGUGCUGAAGAAGUGGAACUCGACCAGAGAACCCGCCGACGCCCCAAGCCGGCCUCCAAGGGGUGGGUGUGCCAGGGCAAGGAGGGGCGUGCGCUGCACGCUCUGCAGCAAGGAGCUCCUCGUCAAGCUCACGAAGAAGGAGGUCGAUGGCCAGGACGUGCCCGCGCUCGUAUCGUCGGACGUCGAGGAGGCGCUGCAGGAGAAGUAUGCCGAGCUUGUCGUGACCGCCCAUCAGGAGGACUGCCUGUGGCGGAGGCAAGGCUGCGACGAUUCAUUACUGCGGCUGUCAUUGACGAAUGCCAAAGUGAGCCACGAAGCUCUACGGCAGCGGUACGACGAGCUCUGCGCCCGGAAGCCGUUCCUUCCCUAUGAAUUCAACCUGCGACUCCCCGAAGGCCUCGACAUGGACGCCGUCCUUUCACAACUACCCGAUGACUUUUUCAACAACCCUGCUCCCCGACCAGACAUGGACCAUCCGAACCGCGUCGCCCUCGCUCUCGCCGUCAUGGGUUGGCAGGGUCUUUCGAAUGCUAGGAUCGGCGCCGUGCCCAACUCGGCGUCCUGCCACACGUGCCUGCGCCGACUCGGCCUGUGGAUGUUCAAGAGCAAGGAGGUCGGGCCCAACAACGAAGUGCUCGUCCCCGCGCCGAUGGAUCACCUCGACCCGGCCAGGGAGCACCGCUUCUUCUGCCCGUGGAAGAACCCCCAGACCCAGCGGUGGAACAGCACCAAACCGCCCUCGGAGAAGGACCUCCCUGCGUGGACAAUCUUGACGCAGGUCAUCAAGAACGACGCAUACCUGCGGGGCGCUUUGGAUGACUGGCCAAAAAGCCGAGCGCGACCUAGCACGGCCAAGCACAACACGGACAAGGACGGCAACGGUCCGCCCUCUACUCCUCGACGGCCGAGCAUAGCCGCGACGACGAUUGGCGAUCGGGGCGGCGUCUCGUUCGAUACACCGUCUCUGGCGGCGCAGGACGGCGACGACGAGGAUGAGGAGAAGGUCCGCGACAAGAAGGACAAGGAGAGGUGGGCUCGUCUGAGGAGAGUCAAGAGCUUGUUUGAGACCAAAGGUGGGAAGAAGUCUCGGAAGUCUCAGAGUCGGCCCGGCACGGGACAUUCGACUGCGUCAGCGCUGACAGGGACGGUUCCUGGGGAAACCACCAAGGAAUAA